AUGAAUUUGAACGUUUGCGUCGUUUGGAAAAACUCACAGUACAACACAACAUGUUGGAAAGAAGCAUCCCUGUGGGGUUACACCGGUGUUAAAAAGCUUCAAGUUAUAUCUCUUGCAGCAAAUAAUUUAGGUGGCCACAUACCAAAAGAUUUGAGUACACUACCCUUUCUGCGUACUCUGUUUCUCGAGCAAAACAACCUACAAGGUACCAUUCCACCUUUCUUUGGCAACACUACUAGCUUAGAAUGGUUUGGAGUAGAAUUAAACAACAUUUAUGGAAACAUUCCAAUUGAACUAUCACUACUGCCAAAUCUAAAUGGAUUAUACUGUGAAGCCAAUCAUCUCACGGGUUCAAUACCUCGUGCAAUUUUUAGCAAGUCUUCAAUGAUUGAAAUUAACUUGAAUCUUAAUGCCCUUUCUGGAAAUCUUCCAACCACUAUAGGGCUAUGGCUUCCUAAUCUUGAAAUCCUUGGAUUACAAGUCAAUCAAUUAGUUGGAGAAAUCCCUUUAUAUUUGUCAAUUCUUCUAAGCUUACUUGGACAAAAUAAAUUUAGUGGCACAAUACCCAAUUCUAUUGGGAAUUUUUCGAUGUCCUUGCAAGUGCUUGAUGUAUCCGAAUGCCAAUUAAUGGAUCAAAUUCCUAAAGAGAUUGGUUCUUUGAGAAAUUUGAAUGAACUUUCGUUAGCAGGAAGCAAUCUAAAUGGGAACAUCCCUUCAACUAUUUGA